AUGUGUGUAUAUAUAUAUGAUGUAAGGUUGAACCUAAAUCAACACAAUAUUCUACAGAGGCCAAACCGCAGUUUCUCUUAACGCUCUUCCCGACAAAAUUAAUCAUAUCUUUAACGUGACGAGAUAGAAAAUCUAAAGAAAGCGAAACACAUUAAGAGGGAAGAAAAGAACGAAGAAGCUCUCGUGAACUUCCCUCCUCGACUACUUUUCUCUCGAACACAUUACAGUAAAGAGAUCGGAUCGUAGUUUCCGCUUCUGGAUUCCUGAUUCGUGUGGUGUGGUCAACACCGUGUUCCUGACUGCCACGUGUUAGAUUUGGAUUUAUUGAGAAAUAAGAAAGAUUUGCAAAAUAGAUGGGGUGUCUCCGGCGACCGCAAGAGAGUAUAGCCGAGGAAGACGAUACAAACGACGACGUUUCAAUGAGAAGAGGUAGAUUCAGCUUGGCCGAGUCGUUCCGGUGGCUUGAUUCCCCCGAGCAUCUGAAAAAUGAUUCCGAUUGCCCUAACGAACACCCUUGGAUCAUUAAUCCCUCAAACAGGUGGUACAAGGCAUGGGAGUUAUUCAUAUUGUUAUGGGCAAUAUAUUCGUCUUUGUUCACUCCCAUGGAGUUUGGUUUCUUCCGCGGUUUACCCGAAAACCUCUUCGUACUCGACAUUAUUGGUCAGAUUGCAUUUUUGGUCGAUAUUGUUAUACAGUUUUUCGUUGCCUUCCAAGAUAAACAUACCUACCGGACUGACGACAAACCAACACAUAUUGCUCUCCGGUACAUGAAAUCGCAUUUUUUCUUGGAUUUGGUCAGUUGCUUCCCAUGGGAUCUCAUCUAUAAGGCGUCAGGGAAAAACGAGGUGGUGAGGUACAUAUUGUGGAUAAGGCUGUUUCGUGUGCGCAAAGUGAUAGAGUUCUUCCAAAGGCUUGAGAAAGACACGAGAAUCAACUAUCUGUUCACCAGAAUCUUGAAGCUCAUUUUUGUUGAGGUUUAUUGUACUCACACUGCUGCAUGCAUCUUCUAUUACUUGGCCACCACUCUUCCUGCCGAGAACGAAGGUUACACUUGGAUCGGUAGCCUGAAGUUAGGAGACUAUAGCUACGAGAAUUUCCGAAAGAUCGACAUUUGGAAACGUUAUACCACAUCUCUCUACUUCGCCAUUGUCACUAUGGCUACUGUCGGUUAUGGAGACAUACACGCGGUAAAUUUAAGGGAAAUGAUAUUCGUAAUGAUAUAUGUUUCACUCGAUAUGGUUCUGGGUGCGUACCUUAUUGGUAACAUCACUGCCUUGAUAGUGAAAGGAUCAAACACAGAGAGAUUUAGAGAUAAAAUGAAUGAUCUGGCAAGUUUCAUGAACCGAAAAAAACUACGGGGAGACAUUCGAAGCCAGAUAACUCAUCACGUUAGAUUGCAAUACGACAGUAAAUUCACCAACACUGUCAUGCUUCAAGACAUCCCAGCCUCUAUCCGCGCCAAGAUUGCCCAAUUAUUAUACACGCCUUACAUUGAGAAAAUCCCUCUGUUCAAGGGCUGUUCAUCAGAGUUUAUUAACCAGAUAGUUAUAAGGCUCCACGAAGAGUAUUUUUUUCCGGGAGAAGUAAUCACAGAGCAAGGAAACGUUGUUGAUCAUUUGUAUUUCGUCUGUGAAGGCUCACUGGAGGCUCUUGCUACAAAAACAGAUGGAACAGAAGAGCUUGUGGCGUUGCUUGAGCCUCACACUUCUUUUGGUGAUAUCUCCAUCAUUUGCAACAUCUCUCAACCUUUCACUGUUAGAGUUCGUUCAUUAUGCCAUCUUUUACGCCUGGAUAAACAGUCUUUCUCCAACAUCCUCGAGAUUUAUUUUCAUGAUGGACGCAAAAUUCUAAACAAUCUUAUGGAGGGUAAGGAAUCAAAUGAGAGGAUAAAGGAGCUAGAACCUGAUGUUAUGAUUCACAUUGGGAAACAAGAAGCAGAACUUGCACUGAAGGUAAACAGUGCAGCUUUCCAAGGAGAUAUCUACCAGCUUAAAAGAUUAGUCCGCUCUGGAGCCGAUCCUAACAAAACAGAUUACGAUGGAAGAGCACCGCUUCAUCUUGCAGCGUCUAGGGGAUACGAAGACAUUACAUUGUUUCUUAUUCAAGAAGGCGUCGAUAUAAAUCAAAAAGAUAAAUUUGGGAAUACACCAUUGUUAGAGGCUGUAAAAGCAGGGCAAGACAGAGUGAUCCAUGUGCUUGUCAAAGAAGGAGCUUCCUUUGAUUUAGAAGAUGCUGGAAACUUUCUUUGCACGGUCGUUCUGAAAGGCGACUCUGAUUUUCUUAGGAGAUUGCUCUCAAGCGGUAUGGACCCAAACACCGAAGAUUAUGAUCAUAGAACACCACUUCAUGUCGCUGCUUCUGAAGGAUUAUUCUUGAUGGCUAAGAUGCUUGUUGAAGCUGGAGCUAGAGUUGUCGCUAAAGACAGGUGGGGAAACUCUCCUCUUGAUGAAGCUCGAAUAUGUGGAAACAAGAAAUUGAUUAAGUUACUUGAAAACGCGAGAACAGCUCAGCCUUCUAUAUGCCCGUCAAGCUCUCAUGAACUACAAGAUGAGAAAUUUAAGAGACGGAAAUGCACAGUGUUUCCAUUCCACCCACACGAGGAGCCUAAUAGAAAGCAUGGAGUCAUGGUGUGGCUUCCGCGUGAUCUACAGAAACUUGUGGAAACAGCUGCGCAAGAGCUCAGGCUAUCUAAUGAAGCCUCCUUUGUAAUAUUGUCAGAGGAAGGAGGUCGAAUCACAGACGUUGAUAUGAUCAGUGAUGGACAGAAACUGUAUUUGAUCAGUGAUAGUACUGAUCAAUCAGCGUGAUCGAACCGACUCAUUAUCAUUGAUUUUUUCGAUCAUUCCCAUACAAUUCCAUUUGAGGUUAUAUUGUUCUUAUAGAGCAUUUGAGGAUGUAUAUUGCAUUUUAUAGAGCACUUUUUCCGCUGUUCAUAACACAUAAUUGGUCAUCUUCAUUUCCUAUGUAUCCUAAAACAUCAAAAUGGCUUCUUGAGAUAAUGCCCAUUAUUAGAGGAUGAACUUUUAACU